ACAUUCACUCCUGUCCCUGUGAAGAGUGAAGAUGAUGAAGAGAAACCUCAGUCCUCACAGCUUCAUCAAAGACACACUGAACAGAUGGAAACAGAAUCUGAUGGAGAGGACUGUGGAGGAGCAGAACCAGCCAGGAACUCAGAUCCAGAUACACAUUUACAACCUGAGACUUUUGACAAGUAUGGAGACUGCUCUGAACCUGAGACUGAUGUUAGUGAUGAUUGGACAGAGACCAGAGAAUAUCAGUCAGGUUUAAACUCUCUGAAAAAUGAUGAAGUCCCUGUUAGUGAUUUUAAAUGUAGUGCUGGUGAGAAACCAUUCAGCUGCUCAAAGUGUGGGAAAAGAUUUGACCGCAAGACACUUCUGAAGAGACACAUGACAACGCAUACAGGAGAAAAACGUUUUAGCUGCUCAGUUUGUGAGAAAUCAUUUAGACAGAGUGGACAUUUACACACACACAUGAAAACCCACACGGGAGAGAAACCAUUUAGCUGCUCCGAGUGUGGAAAAAGAUUUGGCCGCAAGACAAUUCUGAAGCAACACAUAAGAUCUCAUAGAGGAGAGAAACCUUUCAGCUGCUCCAUUUGUAAGAACUCUUUUACACAGAGUGGACAUUUACUGAAACACAUGACGAUCCACACAGGAAAUAAACCUUUUAACUGCUCUGAGUGCGGGAAAAUAUUUGGCACCAAGACAGAUCUGAAAAGACACAUGAGAACUCAUACAGGAGAAAAACCAUUCGACUGUUCAGUGUGUGGUAGAACGUUCUCUCACAAGCAAACCUUAGUCCGCCACAUGAGAACACACACAGGAGAGAAACCUUUUAGCUGCUCAGUUUGUAACAAUGUUUUUACAGAGAGAGGAAAUUUACAGACACAAAUGUUAAUCCAAACGGGAGAGAAACCUGUCAGCUGCUCGGUGUGUGUUAAAAGAUUCUCUCACAAGCAAACUUUAGUCCGUCAUUUAAGAAUCCACACCGGAGAGAAACCUUUCAGUUGCAGUGUUUGUGAACAAAAAUUUUCUUGGCCUACACAGCUCAAAAACCAUCAGUGUAUUGGGUGUCAGUUCUCACAGCCUCAUCACAGUCAAACUGAGGAGAACAGAGAGGCAGAGCCUCCAGCCAGCAGCUCAGCUCAACAGAUGGAAACAGAAGCUGAAGGAGAGGACUGUGGAGAUCCAGAACCAGCCAGGAACUCAGAUCCAGAUACACAUUUACAACCUGAGGCUGAUGACAAGACUGGAUCAGGUUCCUGUUAUGAUCCUGAGACUGAACAGUAAUGAUUGGAAAGAGACCAGAGGAACUCAGUCAGGAUGAAACUCUGAAAAUGAAGGCCAUGUCAGUGGGUCUGCUCCAUUUUCAGUGCGCCGAAGCACCGCUUAACAUGUAACGGCGCAGGCCAGGAAAGCUGGUAAAAAGGAGUGUAAUCUGUCAGUCUGAAUGACAUUCAUCAGUCAUUUGUCUUCAGUCUCCCUUGACUUUUUUGUGUUUGUACGGGCCAUUUGGUCGUGGUAACGUAAAUGCCGAUCUUGCCACUGAAAUUCAGCAGCAGAUCCAGCUUAUCUGCCGGCUAUGAGAACUGUCAGAUGGUGUGCAGUCUCUGAUACUUGGUCCACCAAAGGUGUAGUGCCUAGUGACCCACCGAUUCGGGAUGCAUUGCUGGUGAGAAACCAUUUAGUUUCUUUGAGUGUAGCCGGUCAGACUUGACACUGCGGUCUGCUACAAUCUCUGCGUUGUGUUAGGUAAGAUGAGGAACAAGGCAUGGACAAUGGCUGGUCUGCUUGACUGGGCGGAUUUAUUCUGUGUAAAACACAUUAAAUUCAAUACAGCACUUUCUCACGACCAGUCUCCACAAUGCACACCUCUCAUCUCCAGGGCUAGAGCCGAGUGAGUCUUAGCAUUUAUCAUGUUCAAUUUUACAUUAAAUUAAAUCAAUUGUAUAAUCACAGAAAUAUUUUUCCAUCCGUUAGCAGCAGUUUUCAGUAUUUCAUGAAUUAACAACAUAUCAUAUGACAAAAAAAACAAAAAAAGGGAGCUUACAUACCUGUGUAAAACACAUUAAAUUCAAUACAGCACUUUCUCACGACCAGUCUCCACAAUGCACACCUUUAAAAGAAAGGUACAUCACAACAAACUGCAUCAGAAAUGGUCUCCACGCUGUUGUAGCCUAGCUUAAAAACGGCGACCUAACCAGCAACAUAAUAGUGCUAUACACGGUAAAAAAGGAACAUACACGCUAGAGAGAGCGGUACGCUAAUAAAAUACAACAUGUGUGACCCAUACAAAGUACAGGUUGCAAGUAUGUUUAACGUUUUUACCACAUUUUACCACACUAUUUACAGAAGCGCUAGUAGCAUCUUACCUCUCAUCUCCAGGGCUAGAGCCAAGUGAGGAGAAUUACCCUUAAACAACAGGAAGUGACUUCGCUGUAAUGUCAAAGGUCACACAAUGAAAAAGUGAAAUUAACAAAAUAAAAGCUCCCCAAGAGAAAUACAGAAACAGGAAUUUUACAUGAAAACUAACAGCAACAUGUGAAUAGAAAUAAAAACGGACUUUUGGUGAAAUAUAAACAAUCUUAUUUAUACAUCGGUUACAUGAGUGCAGUAAAAUAUCUAGUUAUAGUGGGAAUCUGAAGACACACAUGAUCACUCAUACAGGAAAGAAACCAUUUAUGUGCUCUGGGUGUGGGAAAAGAUUCAGCUUCGGGCAGCAUCUGAAGAGACACGUUACACUUCACAGGAGAGAAAAAUGUUUCUGUUUGCUCAGUUCGUAGAAAUCUUUAACACAAGGUCUGCACCAUUACCGCGCCUGUGUAUGCCUGCAGUGCGCUGAGUUGGCAGAGUCUACACCUCAUUUAACAGUUUUUGUAGCUCGCAGUAGUGAUGGCCAAAUGAAGCCUCAUGAACCAUUUUCUUUAUUUUCUCACGCCACCAGAUGGCGCUCUUGGUUUAAAGAUAGAGGCCGAAGGAAUGGCAGUGAAAUGUGCUUUCAAACCUUUGUUGAACAGACAGCACCAUCUAGUGGCUUCAGAAAAUGAAGACAGUGGUUCAUGAGGCUUCAUUUGGCCAUCACUAGCUGGCAGAUCCAAUGGACCGGCCAUAAAAUUUCAGUGGCAAGACCAGUCUUUACGUCAACAGGAUGACAUGGCCCUUACAGCGAACUGAUAAAUGUCUUUCAGGCUUACAUAGAAUCACAUCGUAAACAUAAUUGUCCAUGUGGGCAAUCAUUUGUCAACUGUGAAAGCUACUAGACAUUUGAGUGGUCACUGUCGCUGGCUAAAUUAUUGCACUCCAUUUAAACAGCUCUCCCGGCCCUUGCUGUUAUGUGUUAAGUGGUGCAGCGGAAAUUUGGGACAAAAUUUGACUAAUAUGUAGCCCAUUUCCAUUAAAGCACUACUUGUCAGCUGAUUGAAUGUUAAAGGGCUUGCCCUUAAACAUUUUCUAGGCUAGACUUUUAAUAACUAAUCUUUUUAUGUUUAGUUUUUCUUACUAUUUUACUAUUCUACCUACCUGUCCAGGAACUAUAGACAGAAAAUAGCAAUUUGCUUAAACCUGGUACAACACAUCUCUCCGUGUUUUGAAGGUCAAUGUCUUUUGUGCACUGUCUCUGUUAAAUAAAGAAACAUAACAGAAAUAUAGUGUUUGGAGAGUUCCUGCCCCAAGUGAAGGACUUCAAGUAGCUCAAGGUCUUGAUCACGAGUGAGGGUAGAAUGGAGCGUGAGCUGGAUCAGCGGGUUUGGGUGGCGUCUGCAGUGAUGCAUCCGCUGCUCUGGACUGUUGUGGUGAAGAGGGAGCCAAACUGGAAGGCAAAGCUUUUGAUUAACCGGUUGGUCUUCUUUCUGACCCUCACCUAUGGGCAUGAGCUCUGCGUGGUAUCAGAAAGAAUGAGAUCACAGAUACAAGCAGCUGAAAUGAGUUUCCACUGCAGGGUGUCUGGGCUCAGCCUUAGACAUAGGGGGAGGGGCUCAGACAUCUGGAGGGAGCUCCGAGUAGAGCCGCUGCUCCUUCACAUUGGAGUUGGUUUGGGCAUCUGAUCAGGAUCCUCCUGGGCACCUCUCAUUAGAGGUGUUCCGGAUAUGUCCCACUGGUAGGAGGCCCCGGGGCAGACCCAUAACAUGAUGGAAGGAUUACAAACCUAAUCUAGCCUGGGAACACCUUGGGGUCCCCCAGGAGGAGCUGGAAAGCGUUGCUGAGAAGAGAGAAGUCUGGAGCACCUUGCUCAGCCUGCUGCCCCUGCGCCCCAGCCCCGGAUAAGUGGAUGAAAAUGGAUGGAUGAACAUAAAUAUAAGCAUCAUUUAAGUAUUCCAGAAUAAAUGAUUUGCUCAACUUUUCUGCAUUCAUCAGUGGGCUGUGCUCACUUCUGUCUCAUACAAGUCAUCGGUGUUGAUAUUUUAUUAUUCAAAAAGCAAUAGUCUCUCCUUGUGACCAAAGUUUACGUGUGCUUUUUUCAUCAUGUCACUAGAGACUGCAUGAACCAAAGGACCUUUUAAAAAUUUGUUUAGUCUGUUAAAUGUUUGACAUCUUGAAUGUGACUUCAAGUUACACAUUUAGUGUUGUUGAAGCAAACCAUCUCUGUUGGUUCUCAUCACUGUGAACCCCCUCCUUGCUCCAAGUGUCUCCAUGUAGACACAUUAAUUCAUAUGUUCAUUAAACAUUUAAACAGUUUCUAGAUCCUCAUCUUGUGCAUACAGUUAUGAUAAAGUGCUGGUGAAGACUCACACUUCUCACAUUUCUGUUGAUUUCAGUACUACUGCGUCAGACAAGAAGGGGGUCAUCUGGUUUCAAUCCACAAUGAGGCUGAGAUGAUGAACGUGCCUUGUAUAUGUGCACGUGCCAUGGGUGGUGUUCACCAAAAGUUUUGGAUUGGAGCCAAGGUAGUGGGGGCACAUCGCAGAUUUGGCUGGAAUGAUGGAUCUGAGUUCAAGUACACAAGAUGGCAUCGUGGUGAGCCGAGCAACUAUCAUGGACGGGAGCACUGCGUCGAGUCGAACUUUGUUGACUGGGGAUACUGGAAUGAUGCAAGCUGCCAAGAAUGGGAAUACUUCAUGUGCGCCAAGAAUAUGUGAUCAUCAGCUGAUUUCACAUUUUUAGUCAGUGUCAACAUCAACAGCUGAUCAGCUAUGUUGCAGUGGGACCAGUCUGUUUCAUGGGAACACUGCAAACACAAGCUUUUAAAUUUACUGCAGUAAACGCUUCAGCAUUCAUGUUCCAGUGUCUCGUUUUAUUAGUCAUUCAGUGAUGUGAAGAAAUCUACGUAUGACUACUAGGACUACGUAUGAUAACAACUAAAAGAUCCUGAAUUAGGUGUCUUUAAUCAAUAACCUUUAAAAUCAGUGUAGGUAUAGGACACAUUGAAGUUCAUGUCUUUCAUACAUUCCUCUGUUCAUCAUUUGUCUUAUCCUUGAGCCCAGAUUUAGACAAUCAUGCAAAAUAUAUAAUACUUGAUGAGAUGACCCAUUUCCCAGAAUGCAUUGCUGCAUUUAUUUGUGCUUUUUUUUUUACUUAUAACUUGUGUUCUGAAGGUUGUGUGGACUUGGAAUGAAGUCCUGCUACCAUAUUAUCCAUGAUAUCACAUCCAAUGGUAACAGCCCUCAUCGCCCCCGACCACAGGUAGUGAGAAUAAUGAACAUACCGAAUGUGUUUUCCUGAAUUACUCCCUCGGACGUGGGCGUAGAGACUCAGAACCGAGUGCUACUGCCAUGUUAUUCAUAGCUCUGCAGAACUAUGACUAUGUGAUGGCCAAAUGAGGCCUCGUGAAUCACUGUCUCUAUUUUCUGAAGCCACCAGAUGGCACUAUCUGUUCCACAAAGGUUUGAAAGCACAUUCAA